AUGAACGCCGAGAAGCCUGCAAUGGCUAAAUCCGCGCCCACCAGCACGCGAAACCUCCUCAAGGGGGCCUUCAAGAGAUCCUGGGAGAAGCCAGCUCCCCCAAAGAAGCUGCUCGCCGAGUACGUAUCACUGACUCCGCCUCAAGACUAUUCUAACAUGUUAUCUAGCCGCGUGUCAGUGCUGCUGAAGUCGCCUGUUGGGCGUGACUUCACGCUCAAGACAGCAUCUGGCGUUCUCUUCAGCAUCCACUCCGUGAUGCUGAUCGGCGGCCCCAAGAUGCUUGAGGAGUAUGUCUUUCCCGGGGGCGCCACCCAAGCCCAUCCGCCCACGGAGGUCGACCUCCCUUCACACCACCAUCCGAUCUUGAUUGAUCGCUUGGUGACCUUUCUCUACACGUCGGAGUACCAGUUCGACCCCAAGGGGCGUGAGGCCCAGGAGUUGAAGCGUGGUAACUUCGACCUCUACACCGCCACGCACGUCCCGGCGGAUAAUCCGCCUUCAGCAGCAGUCACGGCUUUGGUGGGCAUUCGCAGAAACAUGUACUCCCUGCUUAUGUUCGCUCUGGCCGAAGAACUCGCUUACCCAGCCCUCCAGACAUCCGCGUACGAUGCGCUUGUUGGCUCGCUCCUCCUCCGCCGCCAUUUGCCCAUCGACACACUCAAGGAACUGGUAGAGGCUACCUUCGCCCCGCCUGGAGACCCAGCCCGUAUCUGCAAGGACGAUGCCGGCGUUCUACAGAACAUGGUCGUCGCCUCUGUCAUCGCCUACGAGGCCAAGAACUGGAACGAGCAGAGCCGCAAAGACUGGACCGAGUCAAUCCAGGCCCCUGGCUACGCCCCUUUCUGGACUGCUUACAACACUGCCUUGGCAGAGAACGAAGACCUCUUGAAAGAGGCUCAGAUCGCGAAGGAGACGGCGGCGAGGAGAGCUAAGGCGGCGGCAGAUCGCGAGGCAGCCAUGCAGCUGAUGGGGCAUGGCGAUUCAAACGGUUCUCCCCCUCCCAGGAAGAAUCGUGGCAUCAAAAAGACGAGGAAGAAGUCAGCGGUCCGGGAGCGUAAGGAGAAGAGGGACAAAGCGAGGGACGCAAACCCGUCUGGCCCGCAAAAAGUCUUCUACUUCGGCAGUGGCGCUCAGCCAACGACCACAGGCGAUCCCUUCGCGGCUAGCAAAGAGAGCAAACAAGCUCCAGCGGCAGUAGAGCCGCUCGAUGCGCGUCAUCCUCGCAGUGUUCUGCGCAACUUCCUCGCUGGCGGCAACUUUGGCUUCAAAGGGCACGCCCAGCACAACCUCAAGGCACAUGGCGAAUACCUCCUCGCCACCCCUCUCGGACGUGACUUCGCGCUGGUCACCAGUGUCGGCGUCGUGUUCAAGGUGCACGCCAUGAUGCUGCUUGGAGGCUCCAAGAAGCUCCAGGACAGCAUCUUCCCUGGCGAUACCUCCAGCAGUACGCCCGCCGCCUCGGUCGAUCUGCCGGCCGCCUUCCACCCUAUCCUUAUGGACAGGGUGAUUGAAUUCAUCUACACCGGCACAUACGCCGACAGCGAGUUUCCCGAGCUGCGGCUCAUUCAGAACGCGACCUCGUUCCCUGAAGACUCCGAAGCCGUUUCGUUCGCGCGCCCGGACCUCGUUGGCGCAAAGUUCCACAUGCACAUGUGUGCUGUGGCUGAAGAGCUGGAGUUCCCGUCGCUGUAUGCGCUCGCGCAUAACAAGAUGGCAGAUUUGGUGGCGGGUCAGUUCGUUUUGCCGUUCCGCCUUGCUGAGCUCGUGGGCGCGGCAUUUGCGCCUAGGGAUUCGGAGCUGCGCGUCUGCGAGGACAGGGAGGGGUGGAUGCAGAAGCUGCUUGUGACUGCUGUGCUUGUGCAGGAGGGCAGACAUUGGUCGCAAGACCACAAGCAGGAGUUUGGCCGGGCUUUGGUGGGGGAUGAGUAUAAUGUCUUCUGGGACAUGUACGAGGAUGUGAAGGCGGACUGUGUCGACUUGCUCGAGAAGGCAAGCGACACCGGGGGCAAGAGGAAGAGCAAAGGCAAGGGCAAGUCCAGUUCCGCGCCCGAGGGUGGCGUGCAGAAGAGGACGGCGGCGAAGAAGAAGCUGCUGGAGAAGAGGUCGGCGGCGCUGGUGAGUGGAUUGGAGAGGAUGGGCGUGGCAGAGGACAUGGAGCUGUGA